AGCCACUACUGUUUCUGGGGAAAACGUCCGUGUGACUUCCGGCUGAAAUUAAUGACGCGCUAGCAGCGUUAGCUUCCAGAGAGCGACUAACUGCUGAAUAAAUAUUCAGAACCAUCGUCCAGGAGGAGGAAGAGACCGAGCAUCAGCUCAGACUGCUGGAUAGCAGCUGGAGAACCCGAACCGGGUCAGAACCUCCAGGCCUUCCACAGCAUCAUGUCUGCCACUUGGCACGUUCAAACAGACCACUUGAUCAAAGCUGAAGACAGGAACUCCAGUGUUGACCCCAAGAUACCGGACACCAUAGAAGUAAAAGAGGAACAUGGAGAACCAGAAACACAGCAAAUGAGUGAGCCGAAAGAAAAACCAGAACCUCAACCAAUUAAAACAGAACAUAUUGAGCUGUGGGUCUUUCAGGAUGAAGGGCAUGUUUCAGUGAAGCAGGAGACACAGAGCUCUAUCGUUACUCAUGCUUAUGAGGAAAUAUUCCACAAUGUACCAGAACUGCACCCAAUGAUGGAAACAAAGAAUGAACCAGAACCCGUACAGAUUAAAGAGGAACCAGAACCAGUGAAGAUCAAAGAGGAACAGGAGUAUCUCUGCAGUAAUCAGGGUGACGAUCAGCUGAAGCAGGAGACAAACAAGUGUGUGGUGACUCCUACUAAUGAAAAUUACGACAAUGCUGAACCAGAAUCAAACAAUGACCAUCCCCUCUCUGCAAAUUGCCCUGAAGCUGAGACCCGACAUCAGUCAGGGAGCAACCAGAUAGCCUCGGGAUCACGUAGAGAUAAAGAUCUGCAGCCAGAGAAGAGACAUCUGGACACCAGAAAUCACAGGGACAAUGCAGACAAUUUAAAACUAAAAAGUCAUAAAGAACAUUCAGCUUGCUGUGAAAUAUGUGGUAAAUGUUACGGGACACAAAACGACUCUUGUAUGCACAUGAGAAUCCACAGAGAUGAAAAGCCAUAUCCUUGUCAAAUGUGUGGCAAAUCUUUUAACAGCGCAAAUCAUUUGAAAAAACACAAAACAACUCACACAAGCGAUAAGCGUUAUCCUUGUCACUUGUGUGAUAAAUCCUUUGGACGAAUUGACAAUUUGACUGCUCACCAUAGAAUUCACACAGGUGAAAAGCCUUACUCAUGUAAUUUGUGUGAUAAAUCUUUUCGACUAAGUCACACUUUGACUUGUCAUCUUCAAACUCACGCAGGUAAAAAGCCUUAUCCUUGUAAUUUGUGUGAUAAAUCGUUUCGACAAAGUUACACUUUGACUUGUCACCUUAGAGCUCAUGCUGGCGAAAAGCCUUAUUUAUGUAAGUUGUGUGGCAAAUCUUUUGAACUAAGUCAAAAUUUGAAUGCUCACCUUAAAACUCACACAGAUGAAAAGCCUUAUUCUUGUAAUUUCUGUGAUAAAUCUUUUCGAUAUAAUCACUGUUUGACUCGUCACCUUAGAACUCACACAGAUGACAACCCUUAUUCUUGUGAUUUGUGUGAGAAAGCUUUUGGAACAAAGGCUAUUUUGGUUCGUCACCUUAGAUCUCACACAGGUGACAAACCUUAUCCUUGCAGGUUGUGUGGUAAAUCUUUUCGACAUAAUCACAAUCUGAAAUGUCACCUUAGAACUCACACAGGUGAAAAGCCAUAUCCUUGUCAUUUGUGUGAAAAGUCUUUUAAACAAAGUAACGAUUUGACUCGUCACCUUAGAACCCACACAGAUGAAAAGCCUUAUUCUUGUGAAUUAUGUGCCAAAUCUUUUAGAACAAAGGCUGCUCUGGAAUGUCAUCAUGUUACUCACACAGGUGAGAAACCUUUUUCUUGCACCUUGUGUAACAAAUCUUUUCGAAAACGUUACUCUUUGACUCGUCACCUUGGAACCCACACGGAUGAAAAACCUUAUUCUUGUGAAUUAUGUGCCAAAUCUUUUAGAACAAAAGCUGCUCUGGAAUGUCACUGUAGAACUCACACAGGUGAGAAACCUUUUUCUUGCACCUUGUGUGGCAAAUCUUUUCGAAAACGUUGCUCUUUGACUCAUCACCUUAGGACUCACACAGAUGAAAAGCUCUAGUCUUGUGAUUUGUGUCAAAGUUUUCUAAACAAAGUAACGAUGUGACUGGUCACCUUAGAAUCCACCCAGACGGCAAGCCUCCUUCUGGUGAUUAGUUUUGUGGAAUGACGUGCAAGGGGAGGUUGUUCCAUAUGUUCAUGCAGAUAUUAAUGAAAAAUUAAGGUCAUCUAGGACCCUGAACUCCCCACCCCCAAAAAAGCCUGCAUUAUUAUUUAUUUAUUUAGUCAGGAAUAAGCCACCCAUAUGUAGGACUAAGAACAUGAAUGUAUCUGUAAUAACUUUGCAUUACUCUAAUGAUUAAAAAUGUAUUUUUUUCUAAUGCACAUAUUAUUUUAUUGUGUGUUAUCUUAUAGCGUAUUCACAUUAUGUUGUUAAAUUGUAAAAAGAUCAGAUGUUUAAUUGAGAUUUCUGUAUGAAACAUCUAUUUUUAAGAUAUUAAAAUAUUGUGGGAAACUAGGUUAUGCAUUUUCAUUAGGUUUGGUAGUAGUAGUAGUAAUGGUAAAAUUAACUGAAAUACAUAA